UCGCCACGGAAGCCGUUCCCUGUUUGUUUGCUAACAAGCAGCCUCUCAUAACUUGCCUCCAUUAUGUUGUCUUUUCAUCACUUUUUGGCGAUGAAGGCGCUUCGUCUCUGAGUCGCUCUUCGGUCUCCUCGCUGGCCGUAUGGUGCCGCGGGUCUGCGUUGCGACGCCGCCCCGGGGCUUGUCGUUGUGUGCGUUUGCGUUUAUGGGUGGCCUUCCAAUUCAACUUGUUUGCUCCGUCAAAGUCAUGUUUAUUUCCUGAAGAUGGCGGCCAAGGGGACACUGUGAACUAAAUGACUGUCAGAAACAUCGCCUCCAUUUGUAAUAUGGGCACCAAUGCCUCCGCUCUGGAGAAAGACAUCGGCCCGGAGCAGUUCCCCAUCAAUGAGCACUACUUUGGUUUGGUCAACUUCGGCAACACGUGCUACUGCAACUCGGUGCUGCAGGCGCUCUACUUCUGCCGGCCGUUCCGCGAGAACGUGCUGGCCUACAAGGCCCAGCAGAAGAAGAAGGAGAACCUGCUCACGUGCCUGGCUGACCUCUUCCACUCCAUCGCCACGCAGAAGAAGAAGGUGGGCGUCAUCCCGCCCAAGAAGUUCAUCUCGCGCCUGCGCAAGGAGAACGACCUGUUCGACAACUACAUGCAGCAGGACGCCCACGAGUUCCUCAACUACCUGCUGAACACGGUGGCUGACAUACUGCAGGAGGAGAAGAAGCAGGAGAAGCUGAACGGACGCCUGAAGAACAACGGCCCCGAGGCCGAAACGACGACGACGACGACGGCGGCCGAGAACAAGACGGAGCCCACCUGGGUGCACGACAUCUUCCAAGGCACGCUGACCAAUGAGACGCGCUGCCUCAACUGCGAGACGGUGAGCAGCAAAGAUGAAGAUUUUCUCGACCUUUCCGUGGACGUGGAGCAAAACACGUCGAUAACUCACUGUCUCAGGGACUUCAGCAACACGGAGACGCUGUGCAGCGAGUACAAGUACUACUGCGAGAUGUGCUGCAGCAAGCAGGAGGCGCAGAAGCGCAUGUGCGUGAAGAAGCUGCCCAUGAUCCUUGCACUGCACCUGAAGAGGUUCAAGUACAUGGAGCAGCUGCACCGCUACACCAAACUGUCGUACCGCGUGGUCUUCCCCCUGGAACUGCGCCUCUUUAACACAUCCGGCGACGCAGUCAACCUGGAUCGCAUGUACGACCUGGUGGCUGUGGUGGUCCACUGCGGAAGUGGUCCAAACCGAGGGCAUUACAUCACCAUCGUGAAGAGUCAUGGUUUCUGGCUGCUCUUUGACGAUGACAUCGUGGAGAAAAUCGACGCGCACGCCAUUGAGGAGUUUUACGGACUUACCUCAGACAUCUCCAAGAACUCUGAGUCGGGCUACAUCCUCUUCUACCAGUCCAAAGAGUGACAUCCUCGUCCUUUUCUUUUUACUCCUCCAUGUGUGCCAACCCCCCCCCACUACCCCCACCUUAUUUUUUUAACUGACUUCACCUGCAUCUGACCGCACUUUACGCAAAACAAAAAUAAUCUACGUUAGCCCUCGUCUUUGACUGGGAGGAUGAUGUAUAAAUUGACCCUUUGUCAUUCCUCACAGUUACUAUGCAUUUUUUAGGGGGUUAAAGUAAUAUGUUCAUAUUUAGAUACCCAACUACAGGAUCAGCCGACACUCCAUUUACAACUCAUUCUCUAGAUGGAUCUUAUUUAUUGAACUUAUUUAUUUUUGUAACUUGUAGCACGAACUGCAGGACUUCUUCUUUUCCUUUGGGCUUGUCCCUUUAGGGGUGGCCACAGCGCGUCAUCCUUUUCCAUGUAAGCCUAUCUCCUGCAUCCUCCUCUCGAACACCAACUGCCCUCAUGUCUUCCCUCACGACAUCCAUCAACCUUCUCUUUGGUCUUCCUCGAGCUCUCUUGCCUGGCAGCUCCAUCCUCAUCAUCCUUCUACCAAUAUACUCACUAUUUCUCCUCUGGAUGUGUCCAAACCGUCGAAGUCUGCUCUCUCUAACUUUGUCUCCAAUACAUUGAGCCUUGUGCUCAUUUCUAAUUUUAUCCAACCUGGUCACUCAGAGAGCGAACCUCAACAUCUUCAUUUCCGCCACCUCCACCUCUGCUUCCUGUUGUCUCUUCAGUGCCACUGUCUCUAAUCCUUACAUCAUGGCUGGCCUCACCAAUGUUUUAUAAACGUUGCCCUUCAUCCUAGCAGAGACGCUUCUGUCACAUAGCACUUCUGGAAGCUUCUCCCGUCCACCGAGAGCCUGUCUCACCUCUUCCCGAAAAGCUGCACAACACUCGUCCUGUCUCAGCUUCCACCACAUGGUUCUCUGCUCUGCCUUUUGUCUUCCUAAUUUUUCUCACCACCAGAGUCAUCUUACACACCACCAUCCUAUGCUGUCUAACCACACUCUCCCCUACCACUACCUUACAGUCUGUAACCUCCUUCAGAUUACAUCGUCGGCACAAGAUGUAAUCCACCUGCGUGCUUCAACCUCCGCUCUUGUAUGUCACCCUAUGGUCCUGCCUCUUCUUGAAAAAAGUGUUCACUACAGCCAUUUGCAUCCUUUUUGCAAAGUCUACCACCAUUUGUCCCUCCAAGUUCCUUUCCUGAAUGCCGUACUUACCCGUCACUUCUUCAUCACUCCUAUAUCCUUCACCAACGUGUCCAUUACAAUCUGCACCGAUCACGACUCUCUCUCUGUCAGGGAUGCUCAGAACUACUUCGUCUAGCUCCUUCCAGAAUUUCUCUUUCACCUCUCGGUCACAUCCUACCUGUGGGGCGUAGCCACUAAUCACAUUACACAUAACACCCUCAAUUUCAAGUUUCAGCCUCAUCACUCGAUCUGAUUCUCUUUUCACUUUCAAGACAUUCUUAGCCAACUCUUCUUUUAAAAUAACCCCGACUCCAUUUCUCUUCCCAUCUACACCAAGGUAAAAUAAUUUAAACCCUGCCCCCAAACUUCUAGCCUUACUGCCUUUCCACCUGGUCUCCUGGACACACAAUAUAUCAACCUUUCUCCUAAUCAUCAUGUCAACCAACUCCCGAGAUUUUCCUGCCAUAGUCCCAACAUUCAAAGUCCCCACAUUCAGUUCAAGGCUCUGUGCUUUCCUCUUCUCUUUCUGCCGAAGAACCCGCUUUCCACCGGUUCUUCGACUUCGACCCACAGUAGCUGAAUUUCCACCGGCGCCCUGCAGAUCGAUGGCGCCGGUGGCGGACGUUGUUAACCCGGGCCACGACCGAUCCGGUAUGGAAUUCUUUGGAUGAACGCUCAUAUUUGCUUGGCAAAGUUUUAAGCCAGAUGCCCUUCCUGACGCAACCCUCUGCAUUUAUCCGGGCUUGGGAACGGCCUAAAGUUUGCACUGGCCAGACACAGAAACAGCUAAUGGAAAGAUCAGGUCUUGGACAAUUGCAAUUCCAGGCCUGUUUUUGUAUUGGUCAAUGGUAAACUCUGAUGUAUUGUUCGAUACCAGACCCUGUAUCUAUUGAUUGCAUUAGCAGACAAUGACAAAGGUAUUCUUCGUUGUCUGAAUCGGUUGAUACAAGACCCUGUAUCUGCUAAAAGAGAUCGGAUUUUGGUCAAUAGCAAAUGCAGGUUCCUGGUAUUUGAUGGUAUUGGUCAAUGACAAAUUCACAUGUAUUGGUUGAUGCCAUACCCUGAAUCUACUAAUGGCAUGAUCAGAUCAUGACAAAUGGAAAUUCAGGUAGUGUCCAAUACCAGAUCCUGAUUAUGAUACAAUUUUUUGGGUGUUGGCCAAUAACCAGCCCAAAUAUCAGUAUCUGCUGAUACCAGAAAUUGGUAUCUAAUGUUAGCUCUAUAAGGUACAGUAUGUGUCCAUAGCCAGGUAAUCAGAUAACGACAAAUGGAAACCUCAGGUGUCUGUAUCAGUCGAUACGAGACUCUGCUGUAUCUGCCAAUGGUAUGAUUAGGUUUUGCCAGUAGCAAACCCUGGUGGGUGUCUUGGUACGCGUUUCCUGUUGCAGCACUAGAAUUCAGUGGACGUUGCGUGACGUUCCUUUUUGUGGAAAAACCUAUCACGGCAAAAAAAAAAAAAAAAAAAAAAAAAAAGCCAAAAUGGUGCAGUAAAGAAGUGAGGUUGAGCAGUGAGGAUGGUGCGUUCAGUGACCCAGCUUGUCACUUUUGUUGUGUUUUUAUUGCAUUUAGUUGUACUUCCUUGUUCCUGCAUUAUUGAUGUAAAUGGUGUUUGUGGUAAAUACUCGUUAAUUCAAUAUAUCUCCCGAGAGAUUAGAAAAUUAGCAUUUCAUACAAGUCUGUUUUUUUCCGCUCUGUGCCAAACUGCUGCAGACCUCGUCUUGAAAAAUGUCUUUAUUUUCUUUGUAAACGUGUACAGAAACAGUAUGGUAUGUAGAAAACCGCGACAUUAUUUUUUUAAAAGGUGUGUGUGCUAAAGAGUUUCACGUAUAACCGAGUGCUGUUUUUCCCGCUCGGUAAUCUUGUCGCGUGAUUGGUCGAGAAUGAGUUUCCAUUCGUGCUAUGCACUCUGUGUUGACUCUUUACUGUGACCAUGGGUGGGAUAGCGCCACCUGUUGGAAGAGUUGAUGGAAGUGUCUGAUUGGCUUUCAGCGAAAAGUGCACUUUAUUGGCCAUGAGCUACAUGCUAACACACACUCACUCGUUCUCAAUAAAAGUGACCAUCGAUGACA